UAGGUUGGUGGAGGGGAACGACGUGGAGUGUGGCGCGUUCACAAGAUGCGAAUUUCCCAUUUAGUUCAAAGCAACUACCACACGCUCUGACGUGUAAGUUUUCUAUUGGUCCAAAAAUUUGAAAUGCAAAAAGAUCAUAAAAAGGCACCCCAACCAGCAAGAAGCUUCAUUCGUCACUGCAUUGGUGAUUGCUGAGAUACAGAAAGAGAGAGCACAACACAAUACAGGAAUGGCGGUAGAAGAAGAAAAGGAAGGUUCUAUGGGAAUCAGAGUGCAUGGAAUGCAAUUCUCUUACGAAUGGCAAUCGCCUCUGUUCGUUGAUUUCAAGCUCAACGUCUCUCCUGGAUCUCGAUGCCUUCUCCUUGGUGCCAAUGGAUCCGGGAAGACUACAUUGCUGAAGAUUUUAGCUGGAAAGCACAUGGUUGGAGGAAGAGAUGUUGUGCGGGUGUUGAAUGGUUCUGCUUUCCAUGACACUCAUCUAGUAUGUAGUGGUGAUCUUGCUUACUUGGGGGGAUCAUGGAGUAAAACCAUUGGUUCUGCUGGAGAUGUUCCACUUCAAGGAGACUUUUCUGCUGAACAUAUGAUCUUUGGAGUUGAGGGUGCUGAUCCUGACAGGAGAAAUAAGUUGAUUGAACUGCUUGAUAUAGAUCUUCAGUGGCGAAUGCAUAAGGUAUCUGAUGGGCAGCGGCGUAGAGUGCAAAUAUGUCUUGGUCUGCUUCAUCCAUUUAAGGUUCUCUUGCUGGAUGAAGUUACCGUUGACUUGGAUGUUGUUACCAGGAUGGAUUUGUUAGAGUUCUUCAAGGAAGAAUGUGAACAGAGACAAGCUACAAUUGUAUAUGCAACUCACAUUUUUGAUGGACUGGAGACAUGGGCAACUCAUUUGGCAUACAUACAAGCCGGUGAGCUGAGGAGAGCAGAAAAAUUAUCCGAUGUCGACGAGUUGAAGUCUUCAGCCAAUCUGCUAUCUGUUGUUGAAACUUGGCUCCGUGCCGAAACAAGGAAUGAAAAGAAGAAGCCUGUUCAAAAUACUGCCCAAACACAAAAGACUUCUGUUGCUAGUUCUCCAUUCUUUUCAUCAAGGCACAUGGCAUAUUAUCGAUAGUCCCCGUUUACACCAAUUUCUCUUAUGUGAGGAAUAAUUCCAGAGACAAAUACAAAUUAAAUCAUUCUUUGAUGCCAGUAAAAAAGAAAUUAGUGAUUAUCUAUACUUUACAUUACAAAAACUUUGUAUUAUUGGACCAGUGAUACAUGUAUUCAAGCAUAUGUAUGCUCUUUAUAUUUAGUUAGUUGUACCAAUUUUAUCAUGUAGGGUUACUUUGGCCUAUACCAUGUUGUAUUUGUUUCUUGUCAUACCAUAAAAUGAAGCAUUUCCUGUGAUUGGAAAUUUCAAGCAA